AUGAGGACGAGCUCUCUAAAUUUGCCGCUUGGACCGGCUCGGCAACUCAAGGAAAUCAACAGAAUAAACGAACGCGAGCUUGAGCUUGGACUGAGCGGCGCGUCUUGGCACGACGAGUACAAGGACUCAGCCUACAUCUUUGUUGGCGGCCUGAAUCGCGAGCUCACUGAAGGCGAUGUGAUCACCAUAUUCUCCCAGUAUGGAGAAAUCAUGGACAUCAACAUGCCUCGCGAGAAGGAGACGGGCAAGCCCAAGGGCUUCGCAUUCGUGAUGUACGAGGACCAGCGUUCGACCGUACUUGCAGUCGACAAUCUCAACGGCUCGAAGGUAGCUGAGCGGACACUUCGCGUGGACCACGUCAAAAACUACAAGCAGAAGCGGACGAAGAACGAGGAAGGCGAAUGGGUCGACCCUGAGGAGCAGAGCCUGAACGCAGCACCCCCGAUGAUCAUCGAUGGCGAAGAAUCCAGCUCAGACGAGUCCGACGCGCCAAAGAUCGACCCCGAAGACCCCAUGUACGACUACCUCAUGUCGAAAUACCGUGAAGAGAAGGCCGCGAAGAAGGACAAGAAGAAGAAGAAAGACAAGCACAAGCAUAAAGACGAGACGCCAGAAGAGCGUCGUGCACGGAAGGAACGGAAACGAGCGAAGAAGGCGCUGAAGGAGAAGACCAAGUCGCAGGGCAUGCGCGGGGUUGAGGACUUGCUGAAGUCACUGGGUGGCGGAGGCGGGCCACGGGAUCGGUUGGGACGAGGGAGCGAGCGCAGUAGAAGUCGGUCACCACGUCGCACGCCACCCGUCGAUGCGCGAAGGAGCCGUACGCCUCCCCGUAGAAGAUCCCCCGACCGCGAAUACAACCGACGCCGACGAUCCCCCACGCCAGACGAUAGGGAGAGAAGCAGGCGGCAUCGUGACGAGGAUGACUACCGCGACUCUCGACGAGACCGUAGACGGGAUUAUGAUUGAAGUGGAAUUGUAUGCGCGUUUGGUGUGCAUUGUUUCCCUAUUCGAGUCAGAAAGUUCCACAUCUCUUAUCGAAUGCAUAGGCAUACUAGUACUACUGUUCCUAUCACAAUAUACGUGCCGCUGUUUCUAUCGUCAUUGGUAGGCGUAUCCUGCCCUGCCCCCGAUACUCGAGGGUCUCCGCCUCGUUCGCGCAGCUCGCUCCCGGACAAGGACUGGUUCGUAACCUGCAGACGGGUCAGCUGCUCAUCACUGUCGUUCAACUAUGGUUCUUCGUUUGCUUUCACACGAAGACUUCGGUCUGUCACUGCGCGCUUCGCGGACUGCAUAGUCUUCGCAAGACGCCAAGGCUCA